AUUAUUUUUUUGGUGAAUGGGCAGAUGUUGGCUGAAUUUGAAAAUUUGGCAAGUGCUUUUGUGAAGAAAUUGUGAAUGAUUGGUGAUCGAGUAAGGUAGCGGUAUUUGUAAGAGAGAAACGACCCGGAGGUUACUGAAGCACUGCCAAGAACACAUUCCCCCCAAACGAGAUGUGGGAUCCAACACAUAUCCAAGUGACUGUUCAACGAGCAAAAGGCCUGCUGAUAAAAGGCAAACAUGGAACCAACAACUGUUUCGUCAUCAUCGCACUCGGCAAGGAGAAGUACCAGACGUCAGUCAAGGAAAAAGCACCGGAAUCCGUCGAUUGGCACGAGGAAUGUGAACUGCAAAUCCCAUCGCAAGGCAACCGGGCGGAAUUGGUUUUCACAGCCCUGCACCACAACACGCUCGGCAUCGAUGAGUUUCUCGGCCAAGUCGUGCUUCCCCUCAAGGAGAUCGAUGUGUACGAGCGACCACGCUCCCGGUGGUUCAAACUUCAGAGCAAACCCGGAAAGGAAAAGAAAAAGGAACGAGGCGAACUGGAAGUUCGAAUAGCUUUCACCGUCAAGGCUGGUUCGCUAACGGAUCUUAGCAAGAAAGAGAAGAACAAAAGUUCCAUCAGCAAUCUGGCGUCCAACGUUGGGGGUUCCUUGCUCAGUAUCGGCGCAAUUGAAAAAAGAAAGAGUUUGAAAAAGUUCGCCAAAUCUCUAGGAUCGAAAGUACACAUAAGUGGGAUUGGUAAAAAGAAGAAUAAGGCAUCAGAUAUGGCAGCUGACGAUGGGUCAUUUUCGGGCAGCUAUUCAAGUAUCGGAACCCCUAGUGGAUUGCAGUCCAGACAAUCACGUCAAACGUUCGGCGACGCAGACCCAGGAGUGAUCAGUGAAGAUGAAGAUGAAUUCGUUUUUGACAAUCUUUCACAUAAGAGUUCCGGAAGCUCAUUGAACAUCAGGGCCCAAAGUGGGGCUGGUCACAUUUCGGCUAAAUCAACAACGCAAUCAAGCUCCUCAACGCCAGAUGAAACGAGGAAACACAAAACAAUUUCUUUACCGCCAUCUAAACCACCCAGACUAUUAUCGGAAAAUGAAACUGAAACAGCGCCUACCGCUAAGGUCGAUGAAUGGGAACAGAAACUUUAUGGCAAACACCUGGAAAUAGGCAGUACAGAUUCGUUGAAAAGACGAUCAUGGGAGAGUUCACGUGUUAUGCUUUCCGUACAGCAGGAAGAAGACGAAGAACAUCAUCAGAAGAAAACACCUCAGGAAUCAACGGUUUCAGCACCCAUCUCAGUCACGGCACCAACUUCUCCAGUGUUCACCGAUAAGUCCCAUAAAGAUGACGCGGAAGGACUCGAUAAACCAAAACCACUUCCUCGUGCCGGAUCGCAAGACAUCAGCAAAGUAAGUGACAAGCUGAUCGUCAAUAAUGGACCCUUGAAGAGUAACAGCGUGAGCAACAGUCGCAAGUCGAUAAAUCAACCAUCGCCCAAGAUGGAGAAACAAGACAGCACUUCGUUCACCAAGAAGUUGAAACACUUUAUCAAAGAACAUCGAGCGGAAUCGAUGGAGAACCUUUCCGGCAGCAGGAAGCAGCUGAACGGUACAAAGCAUCACGUGAACGAGCGAAUCAUCAUCGGGGGCGAGAAUGGGAGCAACGGAACGGGCGAUUUGCCCGUAGCCUUCCUGACGGCGCGCCAGAGCAAGCUGGUCACGGAAGUGUCGCCGGAGAUUCUCGCCAAGUACGAGGGCAAAACGCGUGAGGACAUGAUGAAGAUUGCCCACAAUCUGGAAAAUGAGGUCAGCUACCAGAAGCAGAAGGUGAAAGAGCUGGAGGAUUAUCUCGAUAGUUUGCUACUGAAGGUGAUGGAAUGCCAUCCGCGGAUACUGCAGAAUCCUUACCAGAAGGCGAAUCCCACCAAGAGCCUGCUCAAAACCGUUUAUAUAAAGGAAUAGAGAAGGGUAAAUUCAUGUAAAUAUUGGAUGAUUUGCCCUUCUUCCUUACAGCGGUAUAAGCAAGCAGCUGAUGGAGUGCGUUUAUCUGUAGUCCGGCAACGAGUGCGGCUCUAAGUAUGAUACACCUGUCAUCGCUACCCAUCCACCUGUUAACGAAUGUCAAUCGUCCACUACUACCUACCACCUAAAAUACUAACAACAGAACUGAUUCGUGUAGCGUUGUGACCAUGUUGUUCAUUGUCGCGGUAAGCAUACCCAUACAAAAAUUGCCUAAUCCCAAUCCUUACCUCUGUCCCAUUUUGUAUACACGUACUUUUCCUCUUACUAACUGAUGUUUCGAAAUAUUUUCAAAUUUAUACAAAAAUUUAAAAAGACAAUAUUUUAAGUACCACUUUUUGAUACAAUUUAUGGUGCCUUCAAAGUUGAAUCAUACGGAAAAUGAAAGAUUAUUGAAAGUUAUGGUAAACAAAAAAAUGUAUAUUUAAAAACCUAUUAAUUUUAUUCUAUAACUACAAACGAAUCACUUUUAAACAAUAUUAUUAUUUUCACGUUCUGCAACAGUUUUCCACUCUAGUAAGAUUAUAUCAAGUUAAAAUAAGAUUUACAUUUAAAAUAUCAGAAAUGUACGCGUAUUGUGCAUGGCAUUGUUCGAAAAGUGAAUAAAACUCAGUACCACA